GAGACCUGCAGGAGAGCCCAGGAUGAACAAAUAUAGACCCGUUGGUAAGAUAGGAGAGGGAACAUUUUCUGAUGUUCUGAAGAUGCUAAAUCUUAGGGAUGGAAAAUACUAUGCAUGUAAACAUAUGAAACAACACUUUGAAAGUGAUAAAAAAGCUGGCUCUCUUUCACUGAUAUGUGAACUAAUGGACAUGAAUAUUUAUGAGCUGAUAAGAGGAAGGAGAAAGCCCUUACCUGAAAAAAAAAUAAUAAGCUACAUGUACCAGCUAUGCAAAUCGCUUGAUCAUAUCCACAGAAAUGGAAUAUUUCAUAGAGAUGUGAAACCAGAAAACAUAUUAAUAAAGCAGAGUACCCUCAAGUUAGGAGAUUUUGGAUCGUGUAGGAGCAUAUAUGCUAAGCAGCCAUACACAGAAUAUAUAUCCACGCGCUGGUACCGAGCACCUGAGUGCUUGCUUACAGACGGCUACUACAGCUACAAAAUGGACAUGUGGAGCGCUGGCUGUGUUUUCUAUGAAAUCACAAGUUUACAGCCUCUCUUUCCUGGAUCUAAUGAGCUGGACCAAAUAUCAAAAAUCCAUGACAUUGUAGGUACUCCUGCUAAAAAAACUCUCAAUAAAUUCAAGCAGUCAAGAAUUAUAAGUUUUGAUUUUCCCUUUAAAAAAGGAACAGGAAUACCUCCUCUUGUGCCGAAUUUGUCUCCCAAAGGCUUCUCUCUCCUGUGUGCAAUGAUAAAAUACGAUCCUGAUGAGAGAAUUGCUGCCCAUCAAGCAUUGCAGCAUCCUUAUUUUCAAGAACUCUGGGCAGCUGAUAAACCAGCUUUGGCCAUGCACAAAAAAGUAAGAUUACUAGGAAAUCCUGCAGGGCAAGAACCUCUGCAUUUGUGGCAAAUUCCAAAGGAAAGGCAAAGACAGUUAGUUAUCAUGUAUUCAGAUGAUAGUCAGGAAAAACCUGAAUUUAUAUUUGGAACUUGA